GUUUCAAAGCUUUCAAUGGACAAUGCCACCGUCACUCAAAACUCCGCGUCAAUGCCAUUGGAUAAAACGGAAGCCAGUCACCGACAUCGAUCUGUGAUUGGAGCAGAGCUCCUCCGCGGGGAGGAGCACGUUAGUCUGCGGCUAGCGGAGUUUGCACACUCGGGUGGGCGGAUCGUAGCGGUGACAGCGACGCUCGGAGACUCCCGACAAAGUGUCAAAAAGCGGACAACUAACGCCAUGGAGGAGUUAGACCUGAGUCUGAGCGACGCUCUGACGGACAACGUUCCCCAGAGGAGCCCAGAGGGCCUGGUGGAGAGGGACUUUGUGGCUCAGCUGGAGGCGGAGGCCUUCGACGAUCAGGUCGGAGAGACGGUGGGGAAGACGGACUACAUCCCCCUGCUGGACAACGACGACCCCAGGGCAGACACGAGUACUGCGUUGGAGAAUGGAGAGCAGGAAGCUCAUGGGGUGCAAAAGCCUGGUUGUAAGCUGACCGCGGGGGGACAGACUUCAGCGUUGCGCCCAGAGCCGCAGGGAGAGGUGUGGCCACACUCAUUUGACCAGCAGCAGGCCCUGGCUACAGACUUCUUAUCAGCCUCCAUGGCAGGUUAUUCAGAUCCUCUGGGCUCUCAGACCAGCUCUGCCCAAUUGAUGGAUACUGGCCGGAUGGGAGCUUUUUCAGGUUUUUCCCAGCCUGGUGAGAUGGGGGUCAACAUGGAGUUGGGGGCUGCACCCCUCUCACCAGUGAGGAUACAAAAUAUAGUGGAACCCUCAGCAGGGUCGGAUGCCCCUAAAGAGCACACCCCCAUGCUGCCUGAACCACAGCCUCCUCGCAGCUCUCUGGAUCUGCCAGCAGGUGCCUUAGGUGACUGCUGGCCAGACCAGGCUGGCUUCCUACCGACAGACAUCCCUUUCACCCCCAAUGUGAGCGCAUUGAUCGGUCGUCAUGGCACCCACCUUUCAAACAGCCCUGAUGACCCACCUGACAGCUGGCCUAGCCGAGAGAGCACUGCCUAUGCUGGAGGCGACGAAAGGGAGGGAGAUGGAUCAGACCGAAAACAAAAGAAGAAGAAGAAAAGGCGUCAGAAAGAGGAGGGAUCUUAUGAGCACAUCGAGAGCAGGGGUGAGGUGCAAGCACAGGGAGAGAACACACCCUCAACAGAUGAGUUUUACCACAGGGUUGGCCCAAGGCGGGAUAGAGUAGAAGGUGGCUGGGAGGAGCAGCUUGGGAAGAGUGGAGGCCGAGGGAAGAGGGGUAAGAGCAGGAAGAAGCUUCCCGAGGAGUGGGGAAUGAUGGCGGAACCAUUCGUCCCUGCGGCCACAGCGACCUCUCAGAUUACAGAGGAGGUGAUGAUGGAUCUAGGGAGUUCUGUUCAGGCAAACCCAGAUGCCUUAUUUGCAGACAUAGACACCAGCCAGAGCCCCUGGAAAAAGGAGGUCUUCCCAGAAGAAGUCCUGGUCCCUUCCCCUCUGUCCCAGGACCUGUUCUCUCCAACAGCUACUCCCAUCAACCCAUUGGUUCUGAACAGUGAGCUGAAAGCCACAGCUGCUCCAUUUACCAUGCCCUCCACCACCAACAGUGCAACACUUGGCUCCUUCCCCAUGGCUUCUCGCCCUGGUGAGCCGUUUGAUCUCCUGGUAGACACCGAAAAUGCCAGUUUGGGUAACAGCGGCCAGGCCUUUUCUACACCUUUCUCUCCAGAGAAUGAAGCAAUGGUUGGUGACAUGGUUGACAGUGAGAUGUUUGAGUCUUCUGUGCAAGGACUGCCUGAGGGAGACACCUCAGCGUUCAGCCCCCCCUCCCAGCCAAGUCCAGGCCUUUCUCAAAAAGGCGAGGUGUUAGCUUCAGCUCCACCUCUCUCGCCCUCAGAUGCUUCGUGGCUCUUGAACGAAUCUCGAAUGAGCAGCAACAGCGAGCUAUUUGACUUCAGUGACAUGAACACCUCAGGUCAUUCUCUACCAUUAGGGCUGUCCUUCGACACCCCUAGCCCAGCCCCUCUCCGUUCCCCUAAAACCACAGCGCAGGAAUUCCAACCCAAAGAGCAAAAAGACGGCAAAUCGGCCCAGAAGCAAUCCAGGAAGUCUCGUUCUUCAUCUUCCUCUUCCUCUGUAAAGAGUCCCACCUCACCAGGAGAAAAGAAGUUCCCUCCACAAGCAUCCCCAGUCAUCAGCCCCUCUUCCCCUCCAUCGGCCACCCCUUUGGCAGUUCCAGGAUCUGGCCUAAACCCUUCAGCUAAGCCCUUCUUUCCAAGUUUUGCUGAUUCCAUGGAAGAACCAGCCGUGGUCCCUCCAGUUAUCCCCAUCACCGAAGUAAAAUCAGACACGAUGGAGAAGGCAGAGAAGAAGGAGGAGAAGCUUGAGGACAACGUGAAGAAGGUGGAGGUGUCUGAGCCUGUGGAUAAAGCUGAGCAGAAGAGCGUGAAGGUUGAAUUCACAAGCGAGGCUCCAGCCAAGGUGGAGAAAGAGAUGGAGAAGGAACAACAGAAUGAGACCCUAAAAGAGGAGAAGAAAGAGGCAGAAAAGGUGAAAGAGGAGGCAAAAGAGGCAGAAAAAAAGGAGAAAGAGGCAGAAAAUCUGAAAGAAAUGGAGAAAGAAGCAGAAAAAGAGAAGGUGGAGAAGGUGAAAGCGGAGAAGGUGGCAGAACAGCUGAAGGAAAAAGAGGCCGAAAAAGUGAAAGAGGAGAAAGAGACAGAAAAGGUGAAGGUGACAGAGAAACAGGCAGAAAAGGAAGAAAAAGUGCCACAGAAGGAAGAAAAAGAGAAUCAAAUGAACAAGGUAGAAGAAUCACCUGAGAAACUGGUGAAGACAGUUAACGUGGAAGUAGAAAAAGUUGAGAUGACAGAAAAAGUGGAAGUAACAACUGAGAACAAAAACAGUGAGAAGCUUGAGAAAACAGAGGUGAAGGAUGACAAAGAGCAGCACGUCGACAACGCAGAGGAGACCCCAGUGCAGCAGCCGACACCUGUCAAACCUGAUACCAGUCAUGAUGAAGUGGAGAAGAAGUCUGACGCUGAGGCAAAGACGACAGCGGAGGUGGAAGAACCCAAGAAAGAAGAGGCCGGCACAGACAAGAAGGCCAAGAAAGAGGAUGUGGUGGAGAAGCCGCCUGAGAAACCGGCAGAAAAACCAACGCAGAAGAGCGAAAAGGAGAAGCAGGACAAAACGCAGGCCGGGAAAAAGGUUGCAGAGAAAAAGGAUGACAAGAAGGAUAAGGCUGCAAAAGCAGACGCAGGAGAGAAGGCCAAAAAAGCAAAACCUGCAACUAACGGAAGCAGUGCCACACCGAGCAAAGACCUGGGAGGUGCAGAAAAGAAGACCAAGGCUGCUGUCGGGGCGACCAAACCCACCGCUGCUGCCAAAACUCGGCCCAGCAGCACAGCUGUCGGUGGUUCAGUAGCCACUAAGCGCCCCACACUCUCCACCACCACCACCACCACUUCCACCUCAGACAAAAAAACAACAGCAGCCAGGGCACCAUCCACAGCAGCCGCUGCUCCAAAGCGGCCCUCCACCACCCCCACCAGCCGCCCUGCAUCCUCAGUGACCAGCACCACUACGCGUGAUGUCAAACCCAAGACGACUGCAGAGAAGCGCCCCCUUGUGCCAAAGGCCAGCUCUGCCACCUCAAAUCAAACGGGCUCCACGGCUGCCACCAAAAAUGGAGCUGCUUCCACAGCAGCCAGUAAAACUGCCACAUCAGUGCGCACGGCGGCGUCUGCUCGCACCACUGCUACCGCUGCAGCCAAAAAGCCUCUGGCCUCGAAGACAGACAGCAAACCAGGAGAGGAGAAGAAGCCCAGCACUCUGAAGACUUCUGCAGCUGACUCUACCAAAUCCAAGACCACCACCUCCACCACCACCACCCGCAGCUCUGCUUCCACCACCGCUGCGUCCCGCACUCGAACCACAGCAGCCAAACCGGCCACACCAUCCUCCACCGCCGGCUCAGUACCGGAGAAGAAGCCCCCGGUGCCCCGCGUCGCCCGGGCCGCUUCCUCAACCACCGCCACGACCACCGCCUCCAGGACCACAGCUCGCCCCAGCACAGCACCGGCUCCCGACAUCCGUAACGCCCGCUCUAAGAUCGGCUCUACGGACAACAUGAAGCACCAGCCUGGAGGAGGGAAGGUAUCAUCUGCCUCUCAGAGCAGGGCCCUCGCCUCCAAAGAAACAAGCCAGGGCAAAGUUCAGAUAGUCUCCAAAAAGGUGGACUUCAGCCACGUCACCUCACGCUUGGGCUCCAAGGACAAUAUGAAGCAUAUUCCUGGUGGAGGGAAUGUGCAGAUACUCAACAAGAAGGUGGAUCUGAGCAAGGUGACGUCAAAGUGCGGCUCCAAGGACAACAUCAAGCACAAGCCUGGCGGUGGUGAUGUGAAGAUCGAGUCCCAUAAAGUGAGCUUUAGGGAAAAGGCUCAGUCCAAAGUGGGCUCCAUGGACAAUGUGAGCCAUUCACCAGGUGGAGGAAACAUCAAGGCUGAGGGGGCCCAGGAGACAACAGAGGGGAAUGGGACUCCCCUGAGUGGCACCGAGGCCCCAGCCCCAGGCUCCGAGCCAGGGCAGGCAGGGAGCCCUGCUGCCCAGGAGAAUGGGCUGAAGGAGGGGGCUCCCUGUGAUAGUGAGGGCCUCCGGGAGCCCCAAGCUCUGGACUCGCGCAUCCCAGAGACAAAUUGAGUCUUUCAAGCUCAACUUCCGCGAGAAUGCUCGCUCUCGCACGGACCACGGCGCCGACAUCAUCACCUGGCCAGCCCCCCAGGACAACGACAGUCCCCACCCACACGGCUCCACCUACUCUCUACACCAAACCCAUCACCACUACCACCCGACUCCUCGCAGUGU